GCGACCUCUGCCCGGGAAAGAGCUGAAGACGCAGGAUGAUGGCCAGACCAUACUGUGUGGUGGUGGCCCUACUGCUGCUGCCAGAGCUCUCCGGGUUUGGAGAAGGAGCUUCUAAUCCAGGGUUCGUGGCCAGAAUCACCAGAAAAGGCCUAGAAUACGCCCGCCAGUACGGAGUUGCCAUCCUGAAGAAGGAGCUGUCUACAAUCAGGCUGCCUGAUUUGUCUGGAAGCUUCCAGCUCAGUUGGGUUGGAAGUGUCAACUAUGAGUUUGAUGGGUGAAAUCUCCUUUUUCCAC